AAUAUUCAUAACAUGAUUAGAUUAGUACCUGCGAGGAUUGAGAGUGGCAGAGGAAAAUAGGGCCUUUUUAUUGUCCAAACCGAUAUUUCACCGAUAUUUUCAUCCUUGCUCAUAACUUGAAGCUUAAUGGUGUCGUUUGAAGUUUAGGUUUGCAUCUUGAGCUUCAAAGCCCGAUAAGGAUAAAAAAAUCCAAGCCCAUUUCCAUAUACCCAUUUGCCCAUUUGACUUUUCCUAAAUCUGCCCGUCUGUUGGACCUCUUCUUUCGUCUUCUUUCUUUUUCUCUUCUUUCCUGCUCUCCAUACCAGCGGCCACGCGCCGACCCCAUCACUCCUGGACGGCGAUCACCACUCCACGCGCCGCCGCGGCCUCCCCUCAUUACACCUUCGCUACUGCCACCUCCAGAGACCACCAUCGGCGGCCGACCAUUCUCCUCCAUUUUAGCUGCCACAGACAGUCCAGACCGCCACCGCACCUCCUUCAAUCUCACAUCACUCUGACGCCACCACUGCACACCGUAAUCCCAUCAUCCUCGCCUCACCACCGUGGCAACCUCCAUCCACACCGCCUCACUUCCUUGUCCUUUAUCCUAGAGAGAAACAUUUGAUGGCCUCACUUGGAGAAGAGAACUUGCCUGGUACUCUUGCAUUUAUGGAGCUUGCUAUACAACAGGCAAAGCUUGCGUUGGACAGCCUUGAAGUGCCUGUGGGCUGUGUGAUUGUUGAGGACGGGAAGCUCAUUGCCACAGGAAGAAAUCGAACUACUGAAACACGAAAUGCUACAAGACAUGCAGAGAUGGAAGCUAUUGAUGUUCUUUUGGAGCAGUGGCAGAAGAAUGGACUUUCUAAGCUGGAAGUUGCUGAAAUUUUUUCAAAAUGCAGUCUUUAUGUUACAUGUGAACCAUGCAUAAUGUGUGCAGCUUCCUUGUCAAUUCUUGGAAUAAAGGAAGUGUAUUAUGGAUGUGCAAAUGAUAAAUUUGGGGGAUGUGGAUCGAUACUAUCAUUGCAUUCAAGUAGUUCUAAGCUGCUCACUAGUGGAACUCCACUAGUGAAGGGUUUCAAAUGUACUGGAGGAAUAAUGGCAACUGAAGCAGUCUCUCUUUUGCAAAGAUUUUAUGAACAAGGGAACCCCAAUGCCCCAAAACCUCACAGGCAACCAGGUCAGCAGGUACUGCAUUGAAUAUGUACACGGACAGAUUGAUUCCUGUAGAAUAAUUCAUCAGAUUGCUUUGGUCUUGCUCUUUUUAGUCCCCAAACCUCCGAUGACUCAGUCUGCCAACAAUUGACAAGGAAGAUUAUGCAAGCUCUGUUUUCUCUAUACAAAUAUGUAAGCUGCAGGAGGAUUCUUUCUGAACCUUACUUGCUGCCACAUUGCACAAACUGGAACUUGUUGAUUCCAUGAAAGCUCAAAAUGCCCAUUAAACUAUCAACUCAAUAAGUAGUCUGAGCAUCAAAUGGUACCCAGGCUACACUCCCAACUAUUUGUAUCAAGACUCGACGAGGGAUGAUGGCGUUAUUUAUUGUCUCCCUUCUUUGUAUGUCACAGACUGAUUAGUAAUGUUAGGAACUUUCCUCUUUUCUGAUUGGCAUGGUUUAGCAUGUAUUUGCAUUGGAAAUGAUUCAGAAAUGAUGGUGAUACCUGGUACUUGGGAGAAUAUGAAAGAUGGUUUCUGAAGAGUUUCAGGGAA